AGAAUCAGCUGACCGUCAAGCGCAAUGUCAAGACAUGACUAAGCUGAAAUCCACACAGACUUGGGACUGAUCAAAGUUUAGCAGAAGAUAAAAGUCCAGCAUCGUUCAGCUCCUCUCUCAGUUUUUUCUGCUUCUUCAGUCGCAUUGACAGAAAACCAGAAAUAUGAAGUUUUACCUGCUACUGCUGCUGCUGCUGCCACUCUGCUCAGCUCAACAGUUUCACAUUGAGUGUUAUGGUCAGGACUUCCUGAUGGUCAACAACCAGCUGCUGCAGUGUUCCAGCAAGGUCCAACAGGCCUGCUACACCAGGGAUAACGGAGAAAAGGGCUGCACUACGCUGGAUAACUGCUCUCGAGAUGGCUGGACUUGCUGCACCAACAACCACUGCAACGCCUGACCAAUCACAGCCCCGGAAAACUAACAUCAUUGAACCACAUGAUGUUAAAUAAAGCUGUGAGGGAGAUUUCACAGAAUGCAGUGUGGUUUUUGUCUGAGCUCAGUAUGUCAACAUGAAUAUUUACAAUUUCUAGACUUUGAAUUGAAAAGCGUUAUCUCUGUGCCCUUAAAUAAACUCUGUACCAUUUGAGUGUGUGAAAUAAUGACUAACUGAUUUUUAGUUGCAGAACAAAACAGGUGAGUUCACAGUCAGAGAUUAAGAACAGGUCAAGAUAUUUUGGGGGGGGGGUCUUUAUUUUCUCUAUAAAGUCUCUGUGAACUCUGUGCCGUGACUGCUGAGCCUCCACAAUACAGAGGAAAGAAUAUCUGAGCUGAUCAACGCUGAUUUAUCAGAGUCUCAUUCAGAUAUUAAUGUGAGCUGUGAAAUUAACCAGCUGCAGAGGGCAGAGCAGCAUGUACUUGAUCGAUCGUUUUGCCUUGACUUUUGCCUCUCAGACUACAUGUGGUCUGCUCUACCAUAUUGUUUAAGGUUGUCUGGAUUAUGCAACCUGAAAGGAAUACCUGCUGACAGUACUCAAGGCUGAAAAACAAUUAUUGCCCCUACAUUUUUCAGAUUAAAUAUUAUCCUUCUGUGCACCAAAAUGUCCAGACAAAUCUCUGAACAUUUAGCCCUUAUCCCAAUUAUGUCUAUUUCCAGCAUGGAUCUUAUUACCAGGUUGGAUGGAACAGAACUAACCUGGUUACUCAUUAAUUGAGUAGAUGAACUGCAGGGUCACAAAACAAACACCAUUCAUCAGGUUAAUGAGAUGACAGCGCGGUGAAGAUGACAGGUGACCGGCCUGUGUCAGUGAAAGAGAAAUAAAAUAUUCAUCAGAGUGUGAGGAACAAAUUUGUUUACAAUGUAAACAAAAUUAAGCAAAAGUGAGAAAAAUAUAAAUUUACAGAAAUUUUCAUUAAAUGCUUUACAGAGAAACAUUUAUUUUAAAGGUAUUUCCUAAAUUAUUCCGAACAAACACCUUCAAUAAAAUGAUAGCACUAAAGGUUAUGCAGAGAAACAGGUAUUUUACAGAUUUUUCCUAAAUUACUGGUAAAUGGACUGCACUUACAUACCGCUUUUCUAUUCUUAUAAACAACUCAAAGCGCUUCACACUACUGACCGCAUUCACCCAUUCACAAACACACUCACACCGAUGAAUCAUCUUUAAUAAAGAGUUCACACAUGCUUAAAAAUUGUAAAAUAACAGUUUUAUUUUUGAAGCAAAAAUAAAUAUUGUCUAAAAUACUAUUAA